CCACGUAGCAACCUAGUCAGCUCAGUCAAAUUAGUUUUUAAAUCCGUUAGUAUUUAACAGCUAGCGCGGUCUCGAUCACAGGGCGGUUACAUUGCAGGCCGCGCAGCUGAUAACCAAAACCAAAAAAACAAUUGCUUGCCAGCACCACUAGACACAGCCAUGGCCUCGAUUUUCGUUCCAGAACCUUCACUCCUGCCUAAUUCCACAGCUUCCGUUUCUUCUCCGGCUAAUCGGCUGCCGUGCCUGCUGCUAUGCCGUCCAGACCGACGCCUCUUCUCAAUCUCCGUCGCCACGUGUCGCGCUUUGGGGCUCCGGAGGUCCUUCAAUGUCGCCGCCAGGGCCGCCUUGACGUCUAAUUCCGUACCGGAAAAGAAUGGAAUUCAUGUAGUUGGCGAUUUUAUGACGCAUAGAAAGGAUUUGCGUGUGGUUAAGCCCACAACUACUGUAGAUGAAGCUAUAGAACUUCUUGUAGAAAACAGAAUCACUGGUUUUCCAGUGAUCGACGACGACUGGAAAUUGGAAAUUUUUUCUCGUGGAGCAUUGUUCUCCUCCCUCUGGUUGGUUCAGGAUUUUGUUAUGACCUCAAGCAUCAAGAAUUCACACACCUGCUUUGUUCGUUUUGAAACGUAUCUGCAAUAUUCUCAGUAUAAUAGUGUCGGUCUUGUUUCAGAUUAUGACUUAUUAGCAUUGGACACCAUAUCAGGUCAAGGAAGAACUGACAACAGCAUGUUUCCAGAAGUGGACAGCUCUUGGAAAACUUUCAACGAGGUACAGAACUUGCUCAGUAAAACCAAUGGGCAGGUGGUCGGUGAUUUGAUGACACCAGCCCCAGUCGUUGUUAGUGAAACCACUAAUCUUGAGGAUGUUGCUAGAUUAUUGCUCAAGACAAAAUAUCGCAGACUUCCAGUUGUAGAUGACAACGGUAAGCUGGUAGGAAUUAUUACAAGAGGAAACAUCAUAAGAGCUGCCCUUCAAAUAAAACAUGCUAGUGAAUCGAAAACAUUACAGCCAAACACAUAAGGAUCAACUUUCAUUCCAGAUGUUUAUGGUGCAAUCAUAGAAGAUGUUGGAGGAGCUGGUCUUCUUUAUAGGCACAAUUUUGACAUGGUGUUUGUGUAAAACAGCAAUGAGGUUGUAUUAAUUAUGAAUAACACAGAAACCUACCAGGAUUAAGGGUUUAUGGACCAUCCAUGCUUGUCCCUGAGAAGGGAGAGGAAAAGAAACAGUUGAGUGGUUAGCCAUUGAUGGAAAUUCGUCUCGAAACCCAUCAACUGUUGACAACCACACACAAUGCGCACAUGUGUAUCAUUUCUCUUUAGUCUAUAUGCUGUCCUGCGUUUGUUGAACUGAAGCGGCCAUUGGAUUGGUUUCAUGAUUGCCAAAUUUUCCGCACUAGUUGUUGAACAAAUGGUUGAAUUGGGGAGGUUGUAGACUUUAUCUUUCUUUAUUGGACUUCUAUUAUUGUUGCGCAUUUGUGCGUUUAAAAAAGAAUAGAAAAUGUAUGAUAGUCAAAAUGAUUGCCUCAUU